AUGGCAUCAGCAGACUCCCCCAUCGACGACCUCGCGGCUCACCUCAGGACGCUGCACAUCCCGACGAGUACCCCAGCCACGGAGAGUGUCGUUGCAGCCGCCAGCGGGCUGCCCUUUUUACCCCGCGACAUUGCCCAAAGCUUGAGCGCGGGGAGGGGCGAUCCCGAAGCGACAACGUGCAUCUUCGACAUGGACGUGGCGGUCGCCACGGACAUGCUGCAGAGGCACCUUACUUGGAAACGCGCGAAGGGGUCCGAGGCGUGGAACCUGGUUUCGUGGACCAGCUCCCUGCCAUACGCGCUCGCAAACGCCUUUUACCGGCGCGCACGCGACCGCGAGGACUUUGAGGACAUUGAGCUAUACGUCCUCGACACCUCGCUGUUCCCAAAGGACGUCUUCAUCUGCGACCUGGAUCUCAUCAGCUUCUUUGUGAACGAUGACGCUAAGCUGGGCGCACUGCCGCUCACCGGACUAUGCGCAAGAGAUUCGGUGGGCGACAUGAUGGAGAACGGCCUGAUGGACUUGCAUCCGCUAUUCCGCGAUGAGUUUGCGAACUGGACCGAGGUGACGGAGGACUGGGUCAAGGCGACGGUUCAGAUGCGCGAGCCGGUUUACCAGCCGCACGACAGCACCACCGACGGGCGCGCGGACGAGGUGGACGAGGUGGACGGGCUAGGCAUGAGCCGCAUCGGCGAGCUGUUCGGCCCGCGCUUUCGCGGGCCUGUGGCGCUGGCGUUUCUGUCGCUGGCGCCGCGCCGUGCCAGCGCCGUGGCAGUGCUGGACAACUUUACCAAGCUUGGCAAACCAUGGGACCCCAAGAGCGAAAACUGCACGGAUCUGGCAAGGAACGUUAACCCCGACAACAGGGUGCCGGAGGUGGCCGAGUUUGUGCAGAACUUCAACCUCGUUCACGCAGGCUUUUACGAGACUCAGGUCCAGAAAGGCCAACAAGUCGCUCAACGCGGCGGUGACCAACCUAGCCAUCUGUGCGAUAGUCUGACACUCGCCGACAACGACGACGACGACGACGACGAAGAUGGCGAUGACGAGGGCGGAGAUGCGCUGCGAAUUCUUAAAUGCGAGCGGGAGAGCCGCGCACUAAAGCAAAAGCAACAAGUUGAGAAUACGAAGUUACCGGAAGAGAUUUAG